CCAGCACGUUGGGGACUUUUCUGCCAUUCUCAGAAGAUGGCAGAUCUCAGCAUAGCUAAGACGAUGUCUCUCUCUGGACGUGUAGGCCUGGUUACUGGAGGCGGAACGGGGAUAGGACUCAGUAUUGCGAAAGCGUUUGCUGCAAAUGGAGCCAAAAUAUAUCUCACUGGCCGAAGGCUGGACGUUCUAGAGAAAGCUGCCGCGUCUGUGACAGGCGUAUCAGGGUCCUUGGUCCCGCUCCAAAUGGACGCGACAGACGAAGAAAGCGUAAAGGCUGCCGCUAAGCAUGUCGGAGAUUUUGACGGAAAACUCGAUAUUCUAGUGAACAAUGCCGGGUUCGCCGCCUCUCGUCACGACCCCGAUUUUUUAACGAAGAAGAUGUCAGCCAAUGACCCCUUCGAGCCCGAAACGGUACAAAACUGGGCAGACAUGUUCGCGCUCAACACCAUCACGCCCUUCUUCGCCGUCCGGGCCUUCCAACCUCUGCUCAUCCAAGGAGCGCACUCUCGCUUACAGGGAACAUCGAGUGUCAUCAACAUCAGCAGCGCAGCAGCCAACAUCCAGUCAUCAUCAAGAGGACUGUCGGCAUGUCUUUCCGCCUUGAACCAUCUCACUUUAGUCCUUGGGACGAGUUUCGCUACUAGGGAUAUUCCCAUUCGUGUGAAUGCGAUCUCGCCUGGGUCAUUUGCGUCGGAGUUGACACCUCCUGAAUUUUUGGAGAAGCUCAAGACGACGGCCAUGCCUGGGUUGGUGGCGGCGGUACCUGCGAGGAGGCAUGGGAGCGAAGCUGAGAUGGGUAUGACGGCGAUGCUCCUGGCCGUCUCUGAUUAUACGAACGGAGUCAUUCUGCGCGUCGAUGGUGGCCUUUCAUUGGUAAAUCCGUAAUUACUCAUUCUUGGCUUAG